CCGCACUCACCAUGCCACCCAAAACCUCUGGAAAGGCCGCCAAGAAGUCUGGCAAAGCCCAGAAAAACAUCAGCAAGUCUGACAAGAAGGGCAAGAGGAAGCGCAGGAAGGAGUCGUACGCCAUCUACAUCUACAAGGUGUUGAAGCAGGUCCACCCCGACACCGGCGUCUCGAGCAAGGCCAUGAGCAUCAUGAACUCGUUCGUCAACGACAUCUUCGAGCGCAUCGCCUCCGAGGCCAGCCGUCUCGCCCACUACAACAAGCGCUCCACCAUCACCUCCCGGGAGAUCCAGACCGCCGUGCGUCUCCUCCUGCCCGGAGAGUUGGCCAAGCACGCCGUCUCUGAGGGAACCAAGGCCGUGACCAAGUACACCAGCUCAAAAUAAGUCGCAAACGGCAUCCAAAAUCGGCCCUUUUCAGGGCCACCCAAAACAUUCAAGUAAAGUUACGGAGCAAUAACAAAUAUUUGAUAUCUAAAUCAGUAAUAUCAGUAUAAGAUAGAACAACAUAAUA